UUACAGUGUCUGUCUGAGAUUGGAGUGUCGCAGACCUGUCUACCGGCAGCCGGCUGAAUUUCCCACCUUAUAAAUCGUUUGUAUGUCUAUACUAGUGCACGCUUGCUUGCUAUUUAACAGACUUUUGCCAGUAUGCCUUUGCAAUAUCUAACAAGGAACACUAACGCCGCUGGUGUUAUUGUGAGCAAACUUUUAACACAGCAGAUCUGUGGGCGAAGUGUUGCCAACUGUCGCAUGAUGAGCGCCGGGAGCAAUGUUAUCAAAGAAAACGGAUGGGAAGAGGGGACUCUCCUCCAAAAAGUGAUGGAGUUGGUGAAGAAAGAAAAUUUGGCGUCCGGGAUGGAAAGCUCGAAGAAAGUGAUCGAAUUCCAACAUCCAAAAGAUCUUGAGAAAAUUCUCCAACUGGGCCUCACUCGCGAAGGCCUCUCAUUCGCCCAGGUUGAAGAACUGCUGGAAAAGGUUGUGAAAUACAGCGUCAAAACACAACACCCGCAUUUCUACAACCAGCAGUAUGGAGGCAUCGACGAAGUGGCUCUGACGGGGGCUUGGCUCACGGACGCUCUCAACACCAACCAACACACGUACGAGGUAGCCCCUGUGUUCAUCCUGAUGGAGCGUUUCAUCGUCCAGCACAUGAUUUCCCUCUUCGGUUGGCCAGAGGGCGACGGCAUAUUUUCCGGAGGUGGAAGCAUGAGCAACAUGUAUGGAAUGCUGCUGGCCAGAUACCGCCUUUACCCUGAUGUCAAACGGACUGGGGUGUUCGGCAAGAAGCCUCUCGUCCUCUUUACUUCAGAUCAGAGCCAUUACUCAUUCUCCAAGGGGGCUUCGGUAAUGGGUAUAGGUAUGGACAAUGUGAUUUCUGUGGCCACCGACUCCUGUGGCCGGAUGAUACCUCAGGCUCUCCGAGAGGAGGUAGCCAAAGCAAGAGCCAGAGGAGGAGAACCUUUCUUUGUCAAUGCAUCUGCUGGAACCACUGUCCUUGGCUCCUUUGAUCCCUAUGAGGAUAUUGCUGAUAUAUGCCAAGAAGAGGGUCUAUGGAUGCAUAUUGAUGCCUGCUGGGGAGGAAGUGUCAUUCUCUCAAAGACUCAACGUCACAAUCUGAAUGGCAUACAUAGGGCAGAUUCUGUUUCAUGGAAUCCACACAAGAUGAUUGGUACAACACUGCAGUGCUCACCAUUCUUUGUGAGACAUAAAGGCCUACUCCAUGAAUGCAACUCCGCAAGUGCCACAUACCUAUUCCAACAAGACAAGUUUUAUGAUGUGAGUUAUGACACUGGAGACAAGAGUAUUCAGUGUGGGCGGAAAGUUGAUGCUUUUAAGCUUUACUUCCUGCUUAGCGCAAAAGGACUGGAUUUAGUAGAGAAGAAGAUUGAUGCUGCUUUCAGUGCUUCUGAUUACUUGAACGAACAGCUAGGAGUGCGUCCCGGGUUCAGACGUGUCAUAGAGAAACCCCAGUGUACCAACACGUGUUUCUGGUACAUUCCUCCAAGUCUCCGAGACCAGCCUGAGACCCCAGAGUGGUGGGAAAAGCUAUCUAAGGUUCCUCCAACAAUUAAGGGUCGGAUGGUCCAAGACGGUACCAUGAUGAUUGGAUACCAACCUCUCGCAUCUAAGAACUUGGUCAACUUCUUCCGUCUAGUAAACACUUCUACGCCAAUGACCACCAACGCUGAUAUGGAUUUUGUACUAGAUGAGAUUGAAAGAUUAGGGAAAGACCUGUAAAAUGUCUGCUUAAAAGUUCGCAAGAAUUGAUAACACAAGCAUGAGGAAUAGAUUACUUUGUUAUUAUUAUAAUUAUUAUUAUUAUUUUUUUUAGGUUUAUUGUUUGAAUUCAUAUUAAACAUCUGAAAAUUUUCUGACUGGAAAAAAAGGAUGCUUAAUGAUUGCCUGAAAGUAAAUACAUGCACUUGUUAAAAAUCUGUACAAUGAAAAUACUUUUAUUAAUAUUUUGUGUUGGUAAUAUUGAUAUUAAAGUAAUAAAUAAUAGACCCUUGUAAACUAAUAAGAAUAAUUACUUUUUUUUUAUUUAAUCUCUAAUACUUUUGGACAAAUGUAAAAUUUUCAUGUGAGUGCUCUUGUGCCAAAUGCUAGACCUUGUUUGAAAUGAGAGAUCUUCAUAUUGUUUUUAGACUUUCUAAUAUUCUUGAUAAUGUAGAUAAGAUAUUCAAAUCUUCAUUUCUUACAAUAUCAAUGAGCAUAUUUAAUUAGUUUCAGUAAUAUAAUAAUAUACAUAUUUUAUUUUAUAGGUAUUCUUCCAUAAUACUCAUUUGUGAAUAUGAAAGUUUAUAAUCGAAGGAAAUACAGAAUUUUAAAACAUUAUAUGACACAUCAGCAGCUUAUGUACUUUAGGUUUCAUGCAAUCUCAUAUCAAUUGAACAUAUCUAUCUGUCUUUUAGGGGAAACUUAGGAAAAUUUAUAAGUUUAUCAGAGAUUGAGAUUGUGAGAAACGGUGAUAAAGAUAGACAGAGAGAGCGACAAGUACAUUUUGUACAGGAGGCAUCAAUGAUAAAAAAUAAAGUAUGUAAAACAGAAGUGAAAA